AUGAAGACACCGUUCAUUCACCUCACGACGGCGCUCGCCCUCCUACCUUCGCUGUCGCAUGCUCAGUCCUCCUCCAGCUGUGGGCCAGCACCUUCCGGCGCCAUCAAGCCUUCAGUUGCUUCAGGAUUUCAUGUGCAAGUUGUGGCGACCGGACUGUCAAAACCUCGUGGUAUCCUUCUUGACAACGCUGGAAAUUUGCUGGUGGUGGAACAAGGAAGAGGCGUUGUUUCAGCCCACACAGUGGACGAGAACAAUGGUUGUGUAACAGUUGGAACGUCUUCUGAUGUGACGCCCAGCUUGAAUCUUAACCACGGCAUCGAGUUGUCGAACGAUGGCAGAAUUUUGUAUGCGUCCUCUGCUGAAGAGGUCUAUUCUUGGAGCUACGAUGAUUCGGCCAGGACGGUGUCGAACCGAGCGACCAUCGUGGCAAACAUGACCACCAACGACCAUACUACAAGAACAUUGAUGCUGUCUCAGAAGGCUCCGGGCAUGCUUGUGGUCACAAGGGGCAGUACCUCCAACAUUGACUUCGAUGCUGCCAGUCUGAGUUCUGGUCAUUCCCAAGUCAAGGCCUUCAACCUGAACAACCUUACAGGAGUGUAUGACUUCGAUGCCGACGGCCUGCGUCUAGGAUGGGGCUUGAGGAAUGAUGUUGGAGUUGCAGAGCAUCCGGGCAGUGGAGGUAUCUAUACUGUGGAGAAUUCGGCAGACCAAUUGACAAGAAUGGGUGUUGAUAUCCACGAGGACAAUCCAGCAGAAGAGAUGAACUUCCUGGGAUACCUCAAUGGCAAGGCAUAUGCACCACAAGGAGGCAACUUUGGCUAUCCAUGGUGUUUCUCUGCAUGGGGCGUCUCUGACCUUCCCGACAAUGGCAACUUGACUGUGGGAAGUCAAUAUGCAAUCGAUGCUUCUCCUGCUUCCAACAACCAGAAUCGAACAGAUGCUUAUUGCGCUCAGCAACUACCGGCCCGCCUGGUCUUUCAGGCACAUAUGGCACCUCUCGACAUCAAAUUCAACAACAGCGGUACAGAGGCCUGGGUCAGCUUCCACGGUAGUUGGGAUCGCACUCAACCGGUCGGGUAUAAAGUGUCAGUAGUUGCAUUCAAGCAGAAUGGGGAACCCGUGGAUGUCCUUCAGAGCCAGACCGCAGCCCGCGAUGUCUUUGCCAACCAGGAUAAUUCGAAAUGUCCUGACGACUGCUUUCGUCCUGCUGGAAUGGUAAUUGACUCCCAGGGACGAAUAUAUGUCUCGUCAGAUGCUUCGGGCGAGGUGUAUCUGGUGUCGAAAUCCUCGGGAGCCACUAUUCCAGGACCAUCGCCAUCAGCAACAGCGAGUGGCACUGCAAAUGGCAUGGGACCGCCGUUGUCCUCAGGUGCUGGCAUUCUUUCAUACCUGUUGGCUCUUGUGGCCCUGGUUCUAUGA